CAGAAGUGUCAGUGCGGACGUGUACAAGAUUUUCCUGUGUUCGAUCGCUCGUCCUUGCCGCCUUGGAUAUUUGGUGUGACGAUCGCAUUUAUCAGCGAUCUUUCCAAUACAUUUCAAGAGCUUCGCCCCUGCCUCUGCGAACCUUGCAUUCUAUCGUCCUGUGAAUUGUGUGUUAGCCGAAAGAAUAUCAGAAUGGCCGCUUCAUUAACGCCGGAAGAGAAAGAGCAUCUCAUCACGCGCAACCUUCAGGAGGUGCUAGGCCAGGAUAAUCUCCACGCGAUACUGAAGGAGCGUGAUCUUAAAAUAUAUUGGGGAACGGCCACUACCGGCAAACCGCACAUUGCUUACUUUGUGCCUAUGGCCAAGGUGGCCGACUUCCUGAAAGCCGGUUGUGAGGUAACGAUCCUAUUCGCAGAUCUACAUGCAUAUUUGGACAACAUGAAGGCACCGUGGUCGUUGCUUCAAGAACGAACCAAGUACUACGAAGCAGUUAUCAAGGCGAUGCUUUCGUCGCUGGGAGUACCGCUGGAGAAGCUACGGUUCGUGUGUGGAACGGACUAUCAGCUAUCCAAGGAGUACACGCUCGAUGUGUACCGGUUGUCUUCGGUAGUGACGCAGCACGACGCCAAAAAGGCGGGUGCGGAGGUGGUUAAGCAGGUGGAACAUCCAUUGAUGUCGGGCAUCCUGUACCCUGGGCUGCAGGCGCUGGACGAAGAGUAUCUGAAAGUGGACGCUCAGUUUGGUGGUGUUGAUCAGCGAAAAAUUUUCACCUUCGCUGAGAAAUACCUUCCACAGCUCGGAUACGCUAAGCGUAUUCAUCUGAUGAACCCAAUGAUUCCGGGCCUGGCCGGCGGAAAGAUGUCAUCCAGUGAGGAGGAUUCGAAGAUCGACUUGCUGGAUAGUGCGGCGAAGGUGAAAAGCAAGAUCAAGAAAGCAUUUUGCGAGCCAGGCAAUAUCGAGGAUAAUGGACUGCUUAAGUUUGUGAAACACGUCAUCUAUCCGAUGUUCAAGGAAGGCGAAACAUUCACGGUCCCUCGCAAGCCGGACUUUGGUGGAGAUCUUGUGUUUGCAGAAUACGAGCAGCUGGAAACUUGCUUCGCCUCGCAGGAACUACAUCCGGGUGAUUUGAAGGCAGCGGUGGAAGUGUACAUCAACCGGUUGCUGGAUCCGAUCCGGAAAUCUUUCGAUACUGAUUUCUAUCGGGAGCUAACUGAGCGUGCUUACCCGGCACCGGUGAAAGUUUCCGGAGGAAAACAGGCAGCGUCAGGAGGAAAGGGGCAGCAGGGUGGUACGGGUGCAAACACCGCUGCAGCUGCCACUGCGGCCGGGCCUGCGGGAGAAAAUACACCCGACAAAUUGGAACUUAAGGUGGGUCAAAUCAUGGAUGCUGUGAAGCAUCCGGACGCUGAUAGUCUCUGUGUGCUUACGGUGGACAUUGGAGGCGGAGAGCGCAAGGCGAUUGUUAGCAACCUGAUAGCUCACUACACAUUGGAGCAGCUCCGGGAACGGUUAGUAGUGGUGUUGACUAACAUGAAGGCAUCGAAAAUCCGUGGCGUUGAAAGCGAGGGCUUGGUACUGUACGCGGCCGGAACGGAAAAGUGUGAAGCCCUGACCGUACCGGAGGGUGCCAAAGUGGGCGAACGAAUUAUUGUGGAAGGGUUCGACAAUACAAGCAAUCCCGUGCCACCGUUAAACCCGAAGAAGAAAGUAUGGGACAAGAUUCAGGCGGAACUGCACACCGGCACGGAUGGGCAGGCACUGUGGAAGGAAUUUUCGCUAAUGACGCUGAACGGCGAUCGGGUGACGAGCACACUGGUUGGGUGCAAUAUCAAGUAGACUGUUUUGAAACGUCCCCAGGUACCAUGGCAUUUUGCAGCUGCUGCUGUUGCGCUUUGAGAGUCUUAUUUUUGAUCAAUUUGUUUGCCACAUCAUCUUCGUUCGGAUGGUAAAAUGUGCGUGAUUAUACUCGUUUCGUAUUUUGCAGAGUAAUUUAUUAAAUUUGGCAUCGCAUACAACUGGAA